AUGGCAGGCGACUGUGCUCCAGAACACUGCCCGCCCGGAAACGCCGUGCUGCUAGCCUUGUUCGCCCUCCUCGUUCCAGUCACCGUCGUCUUCGGCCACCGCUUCAAGACACCGUUGUUCGCAUCCGCCUUGACCACGGGGCUCUUGCUCGAGGUCCUCGGCUUCGUUGGGCGCGUCCUACUCUUUCGCAAUGUCGCCGACAGGAGCUAUUUUGCCCUGUCCCUCGUUGGAACAGUCUUGGGGCCAACCUUCAUUGCAGCCUCCCUCUUUCUCGUUCUGCCGCACGCCGUCUCAUUAUAUGGGCCCAGAGCCUCCUCCAUCAGGCCCAAGCACAUCGGCCUAGGAUUUGCAGGCCUGAUACUGAUCGCCGGCAUCUUGGAAAUCAUCGGCGCUGUGUUUGCAGCUUUUGCCAUUAUAGGGCAAGGCAAUAGUCAGGCCGCUGCGUUGAUACUCUUCAUCUUCACGCACCUCUGGCUCGCCAUUAGUUUGAGCGGCGAACGAGAGAAGCUGGACCCAAAGCACGCCCGAGUUUAUCGAUCCUCUAGAUUCAAGCACUUCUUGCUCGCAACCGGGAUGGGCGGUCUCCUCUCUCAGCACGAAAUCGCAUUCAUGCUCGUCAACGGCCUCGUCCCUCUUCUCGCCUGCAUCAUCCUCACCGCUUUCCCCCCAGGCGCCGCCUUCGGCACGGCAUGGGGCUCAACUUCCCCUCGUUUCCGCUCCAAACAUAACCUCCAGCCGUUACCCUUGCCUCUUCGCUCGCCCAAGUCUCCCUACGACCACCACUACCGAGACAGGCGCACCAGCCCCCUUCAACAGGCCGGCUUUUACAACACGUCUGAGAAACAACAGCAACAGCAGCAGCAGCAAGAGACCCCGACUUCGGCUGGGUCGAUGCCUCUGCACGAGUCCACCAUGGCCACAGCGAUCCGAAACAACCCCGUGACACAGACGACGACGCAGCAGCCCACCCCCGUGGCCACGACACAGAAACACAGCCCCACGUACUGGAGGGAGCAACAAUAUCACCUACAGUACGGGAAGCCUAGCCCCACGUCCCCUCAUUCGGUGAGCCAACAGUCGCCCUCGCAAAGCCCGACUUUCCCGACAGGAGGUCAACAGCAACAGCAGCACAGUCCUGGGUUGGCUUCGGAAUACUCGCCAUUUACUUCCUCGCGGAGGACGAGUAUGAAGCCUCAGGCCACGCCGAAACAGUUGGUAGAUAGUGACAGCUUAUGGUGA